AUGCGAAAAAGACACGAGAGCGGAGGAAGGCCCCGAGGAGACACACGUGACAAACUCAAGACUCUGACCGCCUACGUCGAUCAGGCCUUAGAGGGGGGUAAUAAUCACGUGAGGAUCAGGCCCCUAGACCUACCCUCAGAAUCACGUGAGGAUCAGGCCCCUAGACCUACCCUCAGAAUCACGACUCGGCUCCACACCGAGCCAGGGAUCGGACAAGGAUCCACUACCUCCGGAUUUAAGCGCGUCUCUUGAGCGCGUCGACGAUUGUAAUUUCUCUCUUCUCUUCAGUUUAGAAUUUUCGUCGAUAGCGCCUAAUACACUGAGGUUCUCCAAUGUAUGCCUGGCCGUGACAUUAAAUAGGAAAAUUACAAAUACGAAAAAAAUAUUUGGAAAUCCCUC